AUGGAUCUACUCCUACGCGUGCUCCAGCUCCGGCUCGGCGGCGGGUGCCUCAUCCGCGCGUUCGCCGACGACGUGGGCAUCAUCUUGGACGACGUGCCCAAGCAACUGCCGAUCCUUGCUGCCGCGCUCGAAGAGUUCGGCCGCCUCUCGGGCAUGCAAGUCAAUCUGGAGAAGACAAUCUGCAUCCCACUGUGGGGUGACAGUUUGGAGGAAGCGCGUGCAGUGGUCAGCGAGGCUGCGCCGUCUUGGUCCCAGCUCCCCCUGUCCCGCGAGGCCACCUACCUCGGGUGCGCCAUCGGCCCAGGCAAGGUUGGCAAGGAGUGGGAUCGUGCAGCCGCGCGUUUCCAGGAUCGCGUGUCCGGGUGGCCGUGGCCGGAGUUGGGCCUGCACUUCGCCACAUUUGUCUACAAUGUGUACGCGCUCCCAGUGUUGAGUUUCACUGCCCAGAUUGCGGACGUGGACGUUGCUGUCGGCGAGCUGGAGAAGUGGGCCUUGCGACGAGCUGCUCCUGGCCCUGGAAACUGGGCAAUGCCGGAAGAUCUGUGGCAACUUGACCAGAACUUCGGCAUGCCGCAGGCUUUCGGGCAGCUGGCCACGCUGGCGCAGGCGGCGCAACUCCGCCUGGCUGCGUACGAGGAUCGGAGGCUCAACAGAACCAGCCUGGAGCGGAUGACGCUUGAGCUUCGAGCGGAGUGGAAUCAGUCGCAGUACAUGUUGCGCGUUGCGCGUUGGGCAGGCUGGCUGCACGCCUCCGCCCCCAGCGUCCUCGCGCGCAACGCGUGGCAACUCCACCGAAAGGGCAUCACGGCCGAACGAGUUGUCGCUGCGCUGACUGGACAGAGCCCUGAGGCGCUGCCGGCCGAGGCGUGGGAGCAGGCCCGGCAUUCAUUCCAGCGGGAG